CGACGUUACAUAUUUGUUUCAUUAAUCAUAAGCAUAUAAAUUCCAGAAAAUUUAAUCUAAACAUUUGUUUGUUACUUUUUGACCUUUCAAAAUGAAAGAAUGAUAAAUUUAAAGAUCAAAGUGCAUAUUAAAUGAAACUGACGACAUCAAAAAAAGAAAUUCUUCAGAAAAUAUAUAAAUAUCUGUUUCAUUAGUCAAAAAUGUUUCUAAUCCUGUAGAUAAUCGUAUCACCUUGCCGCUUCAUAUUUCACAAUCCAUAACCAACGAUCAAUGAAUUAAUCGUCUUUAUAUAUUUUUGUAAUAAUUAUUAUAAAAUCGAAGCAUAGAUGAAAUAGCAAUCUGUAUUUUAUUUAUAACCAAAGACGAUCACCUGGUAAUUGGUAACUACCGCCAUCGUGGCCAUGACCAGAUACCAAUUUAUGAUCAGUUCAACAACCUGCGUCGCUGUUCUACGAUUCUUUGUAAUUCAGCCAUUUAAAAUAAAAUAGCACAAAUAUACAUCAUAUAUUCCUCGCAAUGUCACUUAUGUUACAUGUUGCUCCUUGACAUUCAAAAAGAAUUCGUGUAAGUGAAAGUGUCGGGAAAAUAAAUGCAAGGAGGGCCAAUACUACAACGCGAAACACAGUUUCGAAUAUCGGGGGAAGACAUUACUCAGCAAAUACGGGGUGACUCAAAAAACAUAGGAGACGCGUUCGUUUUUUUUUUUUUUUCGAAUUACGAAGUCGCAAUUACAGAAAAGGAAGGGAAAAAUAAACGAGGAGAGUAGAAUAGGACUGCAACAUUCAAUUGCCAAACUCGUCUCUGCACGGAUUGAAAAGUUAACAACUGACAUUGUUCCUGUGUUCGUUCGUGUGGGGAAAAUAGAAUACAUACAACAUACAACAUCGAAAAGCGCGUAAUAAUAUUAUUUUUUUAGACAGAAACUCACCUAAUUUGUACUCGAGGUCGCGUGCUUGUUAAUCUAUCGUUCGCAAACGUCGAAAAAAGCAGUGUGCAGUCAUUCAAGUUGUGAAAUUCUACUGGGACUUUAGCAAUACUGUGUUACGAGCAAGCAAGUUAAACGCGGAUUGAACAGCUGAUGCUUCGUUGAGACCGGCGAAAUGUCAAAGUCUAGGCAAAUUGUUUCUAAAACCUUUGAAUUGAAUACUAAUGGAUUUGGACUCUAUAAGGAACGGAAUCAUAAAAAUGAACUUCCAUUUUCUCAUAAUAAAACAGUUUCAGGAGUACGCCUUUCUCAUGGAGAUAUGUUGUAUCUGGCUCCUCAGAGUAGUACACAGUUGUGGAGUAUUCCUUCAACUAGUACUGCCACCAUUGAUAUUUCUCAAGAACCAAGACCAAUGGAUGAAACAGAAACCAUCAGUCAUACUAUCAAUGCUGUUUCAAAUGCAAUGGAAGAUGUUGAUGAACAAUUAUGGAAAGUUGAUGGUAAAAUACAAAGAAAACGCGAUGAAAAACUAAUAUAUUAUACAUGGCAUAAUUUAUCAAAUAGAUGUAGACAUGGUGCAAAUGGAUGCUGUGUUCAUUGUACUCCUCUAGAACCUUUUGAUGAAACUUAUCUUAAGGAACAAAAUAUAAAACACUUGUCUUUUCAUUCGUAUCUCAGGAAACUCACUGCUGGUGUUGAUAGAGGGAAGUUUAUACAAUUAGAUGACAUAAACUGCUGUAUAAAGACUGGUUGUAAAGAUCAUCCACCUUGGCCUCGAGGCAUAUGUAGCAAGUGCCAACCAAGUUCUAUCACUCUGAAUCGUCAAACUUAUCGUCACGUAGAUAAUGUUAUGUUUGAAAAUCCAAGUUUAGUUGAACGUUUUCUAAAUUAUUGGCGUAGCACCGGUCAUCAACGUAUUGGAUUUUUAUAUGGAAGAUACGAAAUACAUACAGAUGUACCAUUAGGAAUUAGGGCUGUUGUUGCAGCUAUUUAUGAGCCACCACAGGAAAGUACAAAAAAUUCUAUACGACUUUUACCAGAUGAAAAAGAAGCGGUAGUCGAUGAAUUGGCUCAUUUACUUAAUUUAAAAAGAAUUGGAUGGAUUUUUACUGAUCUUAUAGCUGAUAUCAAGAAAGGAACGGUAAAACACGUUCGAAAUAUAGAAAGUCACUUUUUGUCUGCUCAAGAGUGUAUUAUGGCUGGAUAUUUUCAAAACAAAUAUCCAAAUCCUUGUCGUUUUUCUCCUAAUAAUUAUUUUGGUUCAAAGUUUGUUACUGUUUGUGUUACUGGUGAUGAAAAAAAUCAAAUUCAUAUGGAGGGUUAUCAAGUGUCCAAUCAAUGCAUGGCCUUGGUUCGAGAUAGCUGCCUGGUUCCUACAAAAGAUGCUCCAGAAUUGGGCUAUGUAAUUGAGUCAACAGACAAACAGUAUGUUCCAGAUGUCUUCUACAAGGUGAGUACAUUUUAUUUGAACAUACUCGAUUAAUUCUUUUUUUUUUUGCUUGAAAUUAAAAUGGCAAUGUAGUUUUAAAAUUGAUUACGAAUGUGCAUAUUGUGAUGAAAAUAUGACAUUGCUGAAUUAUGUCUUACAUGCUAAUAGUAUUAAGGAAGGUAAAGGUAUGCAUAAAGUAUACACGAAUGAAAGAGAAACAGUUUAUAACUCAAAAUUGAUUGAUUAAAAAUACAUUUAAAUCGGACAACGAACUUCAUUUCGUACAUGUAUAAUGAAAUAACAAAACUGUUUAAGCAAGUGCACUACGGAUAUGCAUUUCCGUAGGCAUUGAACAAAAUGAUCUCAAUUUUUGUAUGUAAUGAUGAUUACGCCUUAACUUAAAAUGAGGAACAGAAAAAGAAAAGGAGACGGGAAAGUGAGAGAAAAAAAAAAAAAGUAAUAGAAAGAAAAAACGAGAGAAAAACUUAUCGAAAAAUUAUAGCCGCUCAACCGUUUAAUUCGAACGCGAGGGGCAAGGUAAAUCGUCGGUUGUUAGAAUCGAUAUUACAAGCUAUGCGUUGUUACCUCAUCACGUUCAUAAAAAUAUAUGUAGUAUAUAUAUUUAUAUAUAUAUAUACGCGCGCGCGUGGAUAUUUUGUGUAUACAGGUGGGCUUCUAGCUUCACUCGCUUCGGUAAACACAUGAAUUUAUACGCAUCUAGAUUUAAAAGUGUCGACUGACGUUUUCCGGUUUUUUUUUUUUGCUUCUUUUUUUUUCACAACGACCGAAACGAGAGAAAUUUAUUCGAGCUCGACCACCCUUCGAUCGUCGUAUUUUACGCAGUGUUAUUUAAUUCUAACGGCGAUUCUUACAUUCAUCGCGGUGCAACGAUUUUCUUUUUUUUCUUCUUCUUCUUCUUCAUUUCAUUGCGAGACGCGAUGAAUUAGCUAAUUAACAAGUGUUAAAACUUUCAAGUUCAACAUCGAAUGAGGCUUUCUUCGAAAAAGGCAUCCGCGACGUCGAGGGCGUGCAAUUUCCUACAAUACGUGAGUGCGCUUUUUGUUUCUACGCGCCGAUUUACAGAACACUUUUUUUUCUUUUUUCUCUUUUACGACGCGUUUCUUCCGCACACGGGUACAUGACAAUAUGAUACAUAACGAUGGGAUUUUUUUUUUUCUUUACGAGGAUUCAGACGAGUAGUAUAACGCAUUACAUUAUCGUAGUACUUCGAUAUACAGCAUCGAGGAAUGAUUCGUUUAUAAUAUAUAUUCGCUCAUUUCGUUCGUUUUUUUUUUUUUCUUUUUCUCUGAUCAGACGACGAGGCUUACAAUCUACAUAGUAGUAGUUAGGCCUUGCAUACAUUUUCAUGUUGAGAUCUAAUCUUAAAUACAGUUAAUUUACGACGGUCUGCUAGACCACGGCAAAGAGCAAAAAGGGAGUAGUAGUAUCUUUGAGUCAUCCGAUAGGAACCGCAAUUUUCCUCGACUCGUUUCAUCGCGCAGUUACUUAUUCCCUUUUAACUCCUUUUAUUUUUUUUUUUUUUUUCCUCUGAAAAAAGAAACGGAACGAUACAUGGAUCAUUAACCGGACGAAGUAAAAUUGGCCCUUUUGCGCACCGACGUUUUUUUUAUCGUUCGGUUAAUGUUCUAAACGACCUGCGUAUAAUGGAAUCACGACUUUUUGACUUUUUACGAAGUCACGUAUUUCGAUUACAAAAAAAAAAAAAAAAGUUCUCGCCUGUACGUUUGUUUGUUUCUUUUCUUGUUUGUUUGUUUGUUUUUUUUUUACAAAUAUAUGAACAUAUGUGUAUACACAUACAAGUUUGCCCCCCCCCCAUUCUCUCCGUACGUAUUCCUCAUUCUAUACAAUUGUUUUUUCUUUCUUCUUUUUGUUCUCUACUACCCUAAAUGACCUAAAACGUUAGCAACGCCCGCAGGGCGCGAUGCCGUUUCUCAUUCGACGGCAUUUCUCUUAAACCCCCGAGGUGCGAUACACCUUCUAUUAUCAACUAUACAUAGCAAUACGCCAAUAGCCAAAAUAAACGUCGAACCUCUUCUAAAACAAACGUCGUACAGCUAGAAGUCGUAUCGAUAUCACGAUCGAUCUUGAGGUACGUAUUAUCGAUCAUCGUCGUUAUUGUAGAUGCAGAAUCUUAUUGAUUCCCAAUCAAUAGCAAAAUAUGGAUUUUUAUUUCUUCUUUCUUCUCUUAUGCGUCCACGUUUUAAAAAUAGAUUCAAUAUCUUUUAGAAUUCUAUUGUUAAUAGUUUAAUUAAAUUGUGUGACUCAUGGAGCUAUUAUUAUAGUCGCGACGGUGUCUCUCAACAUUUAAUAUCAUUUAUCAUCCGAUAUUAUAGUGUACGUGAUUCUUUCUGUUUCGUUUGUUUAAUUAAACAUUCCCCCAUUCGAACAUGUCAGAGAUACCGUUGCGAAUUCGUAAAACCCUUUUUCUGUCUUUCUUUUUUUUUUCUUUUUCUUUUUCUUUUUUUCGUUUUCCAGUUAUCUAGAGCGGGAGAACGCAAAGUAUACGGGUAG